AUGGAAGAGCUCAUCGCUAUGCAAGAUGACGAAUCUCAGAGCUUGAAGGGGAGCCCGGCAACAAAGGAAAGGUUCAGCGAGCAGCCAAGAUGCUCCAGACGGCCUUUGUCGAAUUUUAUCGUGGGCUUCGACUCCUAAGAAACUUCAGCUCCUUGAACAUGAUGGCAUUCGUCAAGAUCCUCAAGAAAUAUGACAAGGUGACUGGACAGAAUGCGUCUGGCAGUUAUCUGAAGAUGGUCGAAAACUCUCAUUUUGCAACGUUGGACAAGGUAGUAAAGUUUAUGGACCGUGUAGAGAGAGUGUUCACUCUGCACUUUACGAAAGGCAACCGAAAGCAAGCCAUGGCAUAUCUCAGGCACAUACACUCUGCGAGCAAUCAUGGAAAUAUAAACUUUAUCUUGGGCCUCUUCAAUGGUUGCUCCUGGAGUCUCCUAGCAGCGUUUGUGUUAAUCCUUGUGCUUGGAAACAAGGGCAGGAUCACAACGAAGCACAUACAAGCAGUCUUCCCUGUGUUCAGCACACUUUUUCUUGUUCGUGCUAGUGGAGCUUCAUCAACCUAUAGUAUAUAUAACUCGUUUUGA